AUGACGAGGUCCAGUCAAUAUAGCAGCUACACAGAAUCAGAAACGCCUGGCCUCCCCACCGGGCUAGUUGCUGCGUCCCCUCGCCCCGGACAAUGUUGUAAAGCGACGACUGCCGGUGGGACCCUCCCCCGUGAGAGCUGGAGUGAUGACGUCAUCGGUCACGACGCGUCAUCUGUUUACGUCACCAGCCCAUUGUCGGUGCAUUCAGUGGCCAGUCGGCUACCGCUUCUUUUCGCAGUGCGGCGGCGUCGCAGCCUCCUCCGCCGCCCGGUGUUCUCAGAGGCUCAGAGACGGGGCCUGGAGGCCAGGUUCCAGACCCAGAAAUACAUCAGCAGACCGGACAGGGCGCGACUGGCCGACACUCUGGGGCUGCAGGAUGCACAGGUGAAGAUCUGGUUCCAGAAUCGGCGUAUGAAGUGGAGAAACUCCAAAGAACGAGAGCUGCUGGCGAGCGGUGGCAGUCGCCAGCAGACGCUGCCGACCCGGAACAACCCUUAUCCGGACCUCUCUGACGUCUCCGGGCCGGGAGCUGACGCCCGGAGCAGCCUGGAGGAUGGUUAUAGGCCCGGAGACGAGACGAGGGGCCGCUCACGCCCCGAUCGAACCGCGGAGGUUCCGUCACCGUCUCGCCCCGGCCUGUCGCCGCGAGACGCAAGUAAAGGAGAGUGUGAGCGAAUGAUGAGUGCGUCCAAGAGCGUUCAGGUUCGUCUGAGUGGUGAGUUGUUUGAAGUUGAUAACUGUAGAAAGAAUCCAUCGUGAAUAGAUUUAUAAGUUACUUUUCAUUUUUGUGCUUUAAGCUCUGGCCACUCGCCACCUAAUGUGCUACUGCUAAUCCAUGGAAUGGCAUAGCGGUCUGCUAUUAUUGCAAAUAAGACGUUUACUACAUAUAGCAGAAGUUGCGUUUUAACCCUUUCAUCGUCUUGAAAAAUAGACACUCAAAAGUUUGGAUCAUUUUGACGAUACUAUAGCAUCUUCCUAAGGAUCGGGGGAGGGAGGUCUGCCUGGGCCUGUGUUAGGUGUCGCUGUUGCGUCGCAGUCACCGCAUAUGAAGAUGUCGCUAGUGUAGCAAAACUGCCUCCGCGACAGCCGACAGGUUCCAUGGUGUUUGCCUAUUGCCUACAUACGACUGGUCGACGACGACGUGCAAAGUGUUGCAAAGUGUUGCUGUUUUAUUAUAGGACUCUGCCUUUGAUUGGGGUGUCCCCGUCGACGAUGACUUUAAUGAACUAAGCUAAACUAACGCGUAGACCGUUUUUAGCGUUCUACACUUUGGCACCUGAAUGUCGCCUCCUUGACGAAUACGUAAGUCUUCUGUAAUUGACCUAGCCAAAACUCUUACCCUAUUAUAAUUCUCUUGGGCACGAUAUGAUGCAUAGCCAUUAGCAAUAAGUAUUCAGCAUAACGUUGAAGGCGAAAUGUAGGUUUGUCGUAGUUUUCUUGAUUUUUAAGAAAGGCCAAUUUUCAUACCACCUUGAUAAUGUGGUGUUCACCGUUUACCUACAGCUAACAACUAUGGGACACCUUUAGUUUUCAUUAGGCAUUCUCCGAAACAGUUUUUAAGGGGUUAGAUGCAAUGCAAACACAUCUCUUACCAAAGAGCCCUGACAAUAAACGAUUUUCCCAG